AUGCCAGAAAAAGGAUCUGCAAUCAAAGAUGAACCUACGCUUCCAUGCAAGAUCUGCAAUCGGAGAUUCAUCCGCUCGAGUUUGAUUAAACAUGAGCCUGUUUGUAAAAAACUGAGUACGCUCUCAAGAAAACCUUUCGACUCUGGGAAACAGCGAGCGACAGGGAGCGAUAUUACUUACGCAGAUGUAGUGCGUGCUGCAAAGGAGCGAGAGAAGUUAGGAGGAAUAUACCCGCGCCCACUAACAAACUGGAAGGAUAGACAUGAGACGUUCAUUGAUGCCGUUUCAUCAUCGAAAAAGGUGGAUUACGCAAUCAAAACUGGUGCGCCCCUCCCUCCACCACCACGAACGGCUGUCCCUAGCGAUUAUGUGCAAUGCAACUAUUGUGGUCGAAAUUUCAGCGAGAAAGCAGCCGAGCGUCACAUACCGUUCUGCAGAGAACAAAGUACAAAGAAAUUGACAAAGUCUCCCGCGUGGCCCUUAACAACCAAAGGAAAAACAGUAGUUAAGAACGAGGAUGAGGGAGCAAGUGAGAUCUUGUCGGAGACAUCACAAAGAAGAAGAAUGCAGAGCAGUUCUAGCUUCACGUGGCACAACGACGACUACACUCUCAGAAAUAAUACCAAUGGCGUAAUGGUAAUGGUUAUGGCGGACAAAAGGACAAACAGACAAAAGGACAAAAUGUACAAAAGGAUAAAGUGUUUGGUGUUAAUCAAUCCGUUUAGAAUCUGCCAACGCACUCAUUUCAAAUAA